CGGGGCAUAGAUCCAACUCCCCCCUGUUCCAGACCCCCCCCCGCCAAUGAGAAUGCACAACAGCGUGAAGGGGAGGCGGGGGGGGGAGAGAGGCGACUGAGGUGCAAACAGUGAGCCAAAUCCCACACAGACAUAACACAAGUUGAGCUAUAGAAGGGACAGCCGGUCACAUUUCCUACUCACCUGCAAACCUCACACGCAGCUUUCAGGCGCAACAACACAGAGCACAGUCGGCAUCCAGGUACCUCCGAGAACACCUGACUGGGGGACAACUUUACGCGCACUGGAGAUCAGUCCCAUCACUUCCUCCCGUUUUUGACGUUCCAUGGAACAAAGCUGUAUUUUUUUUAUUUUUAUUUCUCACCAGUCUUCCAAAAAAGUUUUGCUCCAGCUCAGUGACAUUCACGGACCGCUAUUUGUCGAGUCUGCUUGAAGUGAUCGACGUCAACAGGACACAUGGAUAACAGCCCCGGUGGUGGAGUCAUCCUGUAUGCGGGCUCCUCCGGCAGUUCGAGCCCCGGCCCCGGCAGCCCCUCCAGCGGGUACCAGACACAGUCCCCUUGUUCGCACUCCCAGCCCUCGUCCCCGGAGGAGGUUACCUUCACAGAGAUCGGGGCGUUUAAACACAGGGCGUCUGGGAGCGCCACCUCUCCCCCCAAGCUGAUAUUUCAGUUCCCUGAGAUCUACAGCGCCUCCCGGACGCCAGCCGCCCCGCAGAACACCUAUGCGCACCCCAUCGCAGGAAAGAGGCCAUGCGGUUUCACAGGAACGUUCACAAAGACGGGGGGAAUGGUUCUGCUUUGCAAAGUCUGCGGAGACAUUGCUUCCGGUUUCCACUAUGGAGUGCACGCGUGUGAAGGUUGCAAGGGUUUCUUCCGCCGCAGCAUCCAGCAGAACAUCAACUACAAGAUGUGUGUCAAGAAUGAAAACUGUCUGAUCAUGCGCAUGAACCGCAACCGGUGCCAGCACUGUCGCUUCAAGAAAUGCCUCUCUGUUGGCAUGUCAAGAGACGCUGUACGUUUCGGCCGCAUCCCCAAGAGAGAGAAGCAGCGACUUCUGGAUGAGAUGCAAAGCUACAUGAACAGCCUGAAUGAGUCGGUGGCCAUGGAGUCACCUCCAGCGAGGGAGACUCCCAGUAGCCCAGAAGAGGGCCACUCAAAGGAGGCCAUUGGGGCCAUCUCCAGAGCCUACCGUGACAUCUUCACCAGCAGCAACAGCCGCAAGAGAGCGGCCAAGACCGACGAUAUCACAUCUCCCUUUCCUCAGGGUGCCAGUUUUCCCCGAGUCCUCUCUCACCCCACCUCCACCCUCAGUUAUAACUCUUGCCCCGUUGCGUCUGCCACUCCACGCCCCGUUGCCCCUCAUGACGACCAACCUGCAUUCCUCAACGGGGACAACAGUUGCUACCCCUACUUCACAUCAACAAAUCACAGCCAUGAUCAGUCCAACGGUGCAACCUCUACAAGAGGAUGUUCGGCCAAUCGGAACAGUUUUUGCAAUGCAGGAAGUUCCCCAAAUCAGCCCACCUGCCCAUGGAAAUUAGCUUCAGGAGCAAAAGUGUUGGCCUGUCCGCUCAAUGCGUGGCCGGUAUCAGGGGCGGGGCGCACGAGUCAGGAGAUAUGGGAAUCCUUCUCGCAGUGUUUCACUCCGGCUGUCAAGGAGGUGGUAGAGUUUGCCAAGGGCAUCCCAGGAUUUCAGGAGCUUAGCCAACAAGACCAGGUCCUGCUGCUGAAGUCCGGCACCUUCCAGGUGCUGAUGGUUAGGUUCUGCACCCUGUUCAAGGCUGACGAGCGUACAGUAACUUUCCUGAACGGCCAAACUUACCCGCUGCCCACCUUGCGGGCCCUGGGCAUGGGCUCUCUGCUGGACGCAAUGUUCAACUUCAACGAGAAGCUGGGCGCCUUGUGGCUGGAGCCUGAUGAAAUGGCCCUCUUUAUGGCCGUGGUGCUGGUCUCUGCAGAUCGUUUCGGCAUCAAAGACAUGCAGGCUGUGGAGCAGCUGCAGGAAGGUCUGAUCCGUGCCCUUCGGUCACUGAUCACUCUGCGCCGCCCAGAAGACACCACUCUCUUCCCCAAAGUCCUUCUCUGCUUGCCCGACCUGCGCACCCUCAACAAUCUGCACUCAGACAAGCUGUUAGCCUUUCGCAUCGACCCUUGAGCGGGCAGUUCUUCACAGAGCACUCUGCCAACUGUUUUACAAGAAUUAUAGAGGAGACCACCGAAACACACGCACGUAUUCUCUUCCAAGGACAGGACUUUCCUUAAAGUUGAGGAAAAAACGGAAUUGUGCAAUUUGAGCAGUGGUUUUACAUAAGAGAGAUAUUUUGAUUUAAAUGCUAUGUUUUGAGUAAAUAUACAACACCUCUUGAGAGACAUUGUUCCAAUAUAUAAUAACGGCCAUGUAGAUUUAGAAUUAUAUUCAGUGCACCUAAGAAAAAAAGCCAGCUCACUUCUGUUUAUUCGUUAAAUCCUUUAGGAACUAUUAGAGAUGAUUGGCAUGUCAGCCUGGGUUUAAGAGGAAGAGAACCUUUAUAGAAUGCAUAUAGCAACAUCUGAAAUGUUAAGGUACUUAUUUAUCACCGUUUCACAAACAUACCAUCUGUCCAAAUGCUGGAAUGACACCACUAUUUUAUCACUUGUACACGGUACGAUGUAUUCUGUCCCUUACUAUUAUGAACUAAUCCUCCACAAAAAAGAAAUGGCACACCAAAGUUUUGCCAACGGCAUCAUAUUUUAUUUUGUCUGCGUCAUUAUAUUGUAUGGCAGCAGCACUGGCGCCUCGUGCAUGUUGGGUUUUGUAGUUCCUUUGUUUAUUUUUGAUGCUAUAAAUAUAACGUUUCCCUAAUGUUUAUGUAUUAAUGAUGAAAUUGAUGCGAUGGAUCGAACAGAUGAGUGUAGUGUCAAGAAGGAGGCACUGCCCCUUCUGCAGCUGGUGAGGGUUUGGCCAUGACAAGGGUCAGACGGCUUGGACACAAAUCGUUCUGUGAGAUGACAUAACCAACCAGCAUAAUCGCUUAAAUCACCAGCACUCCCUUCACUUGCACCCUUCCUCUGCCCUCAACAUUUGUCAUACAAACAAGAGGUAGUUUUGGGGGAGAGAUCUUAAUUUAUUGGUCUCACAGUUUGCUUGAUUGAUUUGGGGUGAUUGAGCAUGUCUUGUACAUUUUGUAAAUCUUUGUUCCAAAAUAUAAAUGAUAAAAUUAUAUAAAGUUUAUGUAUUACUCUG